GUCAAAGCGAGCAGGCUCUCACACUGGAUUAGCCCGUCUUCAUGGACGGAGGAGGGAUGGCUCCGCCGGGGAAGCUAGUCUCUUUACUCACAACUUUGUUUGUAAUUCAACUUUUGAGCCUAUAUAUAGCAACGCUGGCUAGUACCUCAAAAAAAUGGAACACAGACAAAUGCAACCUAAAGGGUCUCCCAUCAAAUUCCGAGGACAGCAGCCGAAAGCCUGCGGUCACGUUUCGUACUGACAACUGCACGGUGAACUGGGGCCUGGUGGGGAAGCACGCAAUCCACGAGGUAAACAACGUCACCUUCAGCCACCUCUCCUGCGACAGCCAGGCAGCCGUGCUGGUUCACUGGACCCCCAGUCCCCUCGGGAUUGAACAUGUUAAAGGCUUCCGGGUCUACCUAGAAGACAAGAACCCGGAGGGGAAACAGUGCCAGCACAUGGCCUUGAAGGAUCCACGCCAGCUCAAUUUCUCUUUCAGAAAUUUUAGGAUGAGCACCCAGCCCUUUUCGGGCCUUGCCUUUGAGACGGACUACAUGGUCCGCAUCGUGCCGUUCCCCACCUUCAUGAAUGACAGCUAUUUCCCACCGUCUUUCCUGCGCACAAACAGCUGCGAAGUGCUUUUGGGAUCAGACAAUCUGGUCUGCAAGCCGUUCUGGAAGCCGCGGAAUUUCAGUGUCUCCCAGUUCGGCUCCAGCCUGCAUGUGGUGUUUGACCACGCCCCUUCCACAUUUGGCUUCAACACCUACUACCUGAACUACAAGAUGAGGCAGGAAGGCUCCUUUCGGCUAAAACGCUGCAGAACGGAGUCCAGCUCGGACAAAACUACUUGCGUGCUGGAAGAUCUCACCCCAGGAACCUACACGAUUGAGCUCCGCGAUGACAGCAACGCCACUAGACGCCAGACACAGUACCACGUGAGCCAAGUGCAUUCCCCCUGGGCUGGACCCAUCCGCGCCAUGGCCAUCACUGUACCCUUGGUCAUCAUGUCGGCCUUCGCCACCCUCUUCACUGUGAUGUGUCGCAAGAAGCAACAAGAGAACAUAUAUUCCCACUUGGACGAGGAGAGCUCCGAGUCAUCCAGCCACACCACAGCCCUCCACGCAGAGCGACCGCGCCCACGCCCCAAGGUCUUCCUCUGCUAUUCCAACAAAGAUGGACCCAAACACCUGGCUGUCAUCCAGAGCUUCGCUGCCUUCUUGCAGGACUUCUGCGGUUGCGAGGUGACGCUGGACCUGUGGGAGCACCUGGAGAUCUGCAGGGAGAGCCAGAUGGCCUGGCUGAGUCAGCGGCUCCAGGAAUCCCAGUUCAUCAUCGCCGUCUGCUCCAAGGGGAUGAAGUACUUUGUGGAGAAGAAGAAUCGCAGGGGCAAAGGCAGUGCCGGGAACGGGGGCGCUGCGGGAGGGGAGAUGUUUGUCGUGGCCGUGGCCAUGAUUGCCGAGAAGCUACGGCGCGCUCGCCAGCGCUCGCCAGACCUCUCCCGCUUCAUGGCGGUCUACUUCGACUACUCCCGCGAGAGCGACAUCCCUGCCGCGCUGGACCUGGCACCUAGGUUCAAGCUGAUGGAGCAGCUCCCACGCCUGUCCGCCCGCCUGCACUGCCACCCGGCCGGCGCCCCCGAUCGCGAGGCCCAGCCGGCGGCCAUCAGCGAGCGCAACUACUUCCGCAGCCGGUCAGGGCGGUCGCUCUACGUCGCCAUCUGCAACAUGCACCAGCACAUCGCCCAGGAGCCCGACUGGUUCGAGAGGCAGCUGGCACCGGGCCCCGGGCCCCAGCCGUGUGCGCACCCGCCUGUUGAGAAGCUCGAUUCUGGACUGGCGCUCAACGAGGUCACCCUCAAGGGGAUCCCCGAGGGAGACCGCCCCCUGAAGAAUACUUUGCUUGCGGCCCCGCAAGCCUCCGCCGCCUUGUCCAGACUGUUGCAGGGGGAACAUGAUGGUUCUGCCUCCCAGGACAGCAGCGCCCCCUUGAGGCCAGUUCUGCAGGCAGAUGGCAAUGCCAGCCCCCCUGAAAUGCCAAGGGACUCGGGCAUCUAUGACUCAUCAGUGCCUUCCUCUGAGCUGUCCAUUCCCCUGAUGGAAGGUCUGUGUCCGGACCAGGCAGACUCCUCCUCCUUGGCCGAAAGCAUGUCCUCCUCUUCUGGAUUGGGUGACGAGGAGCCCCCUGCUGGUAGCUCUGUUCACUGCGGCGUGCCGACCAUCUGCAAAGCUCAGCUCCACCACAGCUUACAUCAGAGCGACAUGCUGACGCCAGAGGGGCCUUUCUAGAGCUUGUGGGCUGGACACACGUCGCCACUUUAUAAACCCGCCCCCCCCACCCCGACAUCACGGGUUCUCCCUCGCCAGCUGCCCGUCACAUUUUAGGGACGAAAGAACAUCGGCGGUAGCUACUGAUGCCCCCCACCCCCCCACAGAGACUGAUAGGGGAGUAACAACACACUUUAAUUUUAGUCCUGUCUAAUUUGCGGCUACAGUCAGUCGGAAUGUGCAAGGACAUGCCGCUAUGUGACCAAAGAGGUUACACUUUUAGUUUUUUUUUUUUUUUUUUAAACCUGUUUUUAGCUAUCACAGUUUGUAUGUGGCACACUUUUUAUAUAUACAACAUUUCAUCUGCUCUGUGUCUGCCUAAUCUUCCAUAUUUAUACUGCUGUACCUGUUGUGCCGACAGCAUUAAAUCGCAAUAUUAGCACAGCUGCUCGUUAGCCAUUUGAGUGGUUCUGUGCAUAUUGUUUUAAUUUAUUUUCAAAUCCCUCCUUUUUAUAGCGUGUCUUUUCAGCGGGAUCGUUAUUCCUCUGCCGGCGGGCUGACAAAUCGCUAAAGCCGAUCGUGUGUGUCAGAGCACUUUUAGAUGAUACGCAGCAUCGCAAUCUUCUUAGUAUUUAAUUUUGAAAAUGUGAAAUUUUGCUUCUGUUUGCCAUUAUCAGUGCUGUACGGUUUAUUAUUUUUUUUUUUGUAUCUGUUGCCUUAAGAUACUACAGCUGUGUUGCUUGAGGUAAAUUAUUUUUGUAAUGUUUUUUUUACACAUCAUUAAGCCUCAGUUUUUUUGCUGAAUUUUUACAAACUGACAGGAGCACCACUACUGUGGAAAUGGCUGAAAUACAAGUUUUCCUUCUCAGUUUCUUGAGUUUUUUUUUUUUUU